UCCAUCUCCUCCUCCCUCCUCCUCCUCCCUCCAUCUCCUCUCUCGCUUCUCGACAGGCGGCAGGAUGGACAUCGUAAAUCAGCUGGUGGCCCAGGGUCAGUUCAGGGUGCUGAAGGUUCCUCUGGGCUUCAUUAAGGUCUUAGAAUGGUUUUUCGCCAUCUUUGCCUUCUCCACCUGUGGCAGUUAUUCUGGGAUGUUCCGGAUGGCAGUGGAGUGUAAGAACCGGACUGACAGCGACCUGAGUAUAGAGGUGGAGUUUGAGUAUCCAUUUAGACUCCACCAGGUGUAUUUUGAUGCCCCUACCUGUAAAGGUGGGAACACGGAGCGUCUCUUCCUGGUUGGCGACUACUCUUCCUCGUCCGAGUUCUUUGUCACCAUUGGCGUCUUCGCCUUCCUUUACUCGACAGCAGCUCUGAGCAUCUACGUCUUCUUCUUCGAGAAGUACAAGGAGAACAACAAGGGUCCCCUGAUUGACCUCGGUGUGACUGGUGUGUUUGCCUUCAUGUGGCUUGUGAGUUCGGCGGCUUGGGCCAAAGGGCUGUCCGAUGUGAAGACUGCUACUGACCCGGACAAAGUGAUCACUCUGAUCACUGCCUGCGAUGCUGAGGGGAACCGCUGCCGUGAAGUCCACGACCCGGUCAUGUCUGGACUCAACACCUCUGUGGCUUUUGGUUUUAUUAACCUGAUCCUGUGGGUUGGAAACCUCUGGUUCGUUUUUAAGGAGACGGGCAUCAUUGCUCCCUUCAUGCGAGCUCCGCCUCCUCAGGAGAAACCCGCUGCACCUGAUGCCUACGGCCAGCAGGGGGCGUAUGAGCAAGAUCCCUAUGCCAGCAAUCAGGGAGGCUACCAACCCGACUACAGCCAGCAGGGAUACAACCAGGAUGCACAGUACGGUCAGGGGUACGGCCAGCAGGGGGCGCCCACCUCCUUCUCCAAUCAGAUGUGAACAAACAACAGAAAACGUCGGAGUGAACCAGCAGUGGGUCGCCUGCCACCUACCCACAAUGCACCACUCCUGUCUGUCUGCAAAGUUAACGGGUGGGGGGGUGGAGCUUAAACGGGGGGGUUAGAUGUUCACUAUAAUGAAUCGGUGUGUAAAUGAAAAAAGGAGAGUUAUAAAUAACAAAUUCACAACUUGAACAGAGCACCAAAACAACUACAACAAUGACGCUGACAAAAAUGUUCUGAAACAAGUGGUGAUGUUGUUCAGAGUUAUUCAUAUUAAAGUACUUAAUCUGUGAGAGAAUGUAUGUUUGUGUUGUAUAGGUAUCACUUUGAGCAGAUAUAUAAUCUAGACUGAACUGUUUAUCCAUGUUUCCUAUGACCCCGUGACCUUCCCUGCCCCGACUCAUAUGCCCUGCCGCACAAUCUACAGACCAGAUUCACAUGGGCCAAUCAUGAAGCUGUUCAGACUGGGUUCACACCGAGACAAACCACAUUUGAGCCAGAUUUGGACUACAACCAAAUGAGAUUUAACUGACAACCCUGCGUCCACCAACAUCACCUCCCUGCUGUCUGCUGUUUGUCUUGCUGCAUGUAAAUAUCAACACAGGAAGUGAUGUCACUGUGGAGAUGCGGUAGACCCAGUCUGGACUUCAGCUUCACGGUGACGCCGGGUGGAAACUGGAUCCAAAAUGGCUCCUCGUCAUUACGAGUUUGCACUGUUUGAGUGUUUAUUAAUGAGCUCAGCUGUCGGUUACACUGCUGCCCUCAGAUCAGUUACUGUGAAGAGGACAGCAAGCUGCAUAAUGAAUAUGAAAUGAAUAAUUAUUAGUUUGUCAUAAUUAAUCUGGAGUUUCAUAAACUAACCCUGGAAUAGACAGCUCCACUGGUUUUCACCUCACCUACACAAUUUAUGGAGUCUCAUAAUAAGACAAACCGUCGCAUCGCUGAAAGGAAGUUUGAUUUAAGAAACUGCAAAGUAUGAACACAGUAAUGAGAUGCCUGCUCCUGAUUCCAGAUGGAUUACUGAGAUAAAACUUUUCUUCAGUUACUGUGGUGAUUACGUUAGCUAGCUGUACUGUGUAACCUUGUAAGCUCCUGACUCUACUGCUUCCAUCAAACUAGCAAAUUCAAGCUGAGAUUCCUGAUUAGCUUUAGCUAGCUAGCUAACAUUAAGUUAGCUGUUUCUGACACACCUACCAGUUAGUUUAAAAAACUGUCUACCAAGCAGAAAACAGCUAAGAUGUCACACUGAGUAAUUAAGACGAACAAAAUGGAUGCCAAAGGACGUACUGG